ACACACACACACACUCACUCACAGCCGCAGCUGGCUGUCUCUCUCUCGCACACACACACACACACACACACACACACACGAAGACAUAGACAGUCAGAGAGUGAGUGCGGUGUUCAGCAUGAAGACGACCAUGAAGAAUCUGCUUGUGCUUCUGCUGCUCUUUGGACUCAGCAACAACACAAGUUUUCCUGCUAACAUCAACAUAGGUGGACUUUUCCCGCCCGUGUCCCAUGAGUACGAAGUGUUCCGCUUUGCCUUGGCGGCGCGCCACGACGUGCCCAGACUGGUGCCUCAGGUGGACGCCGUGGAGACGGCGAGCAGCUUCGCCAUGACCUACGCUUUCUGCUCGCAGUUGGCCAAGGGGGUCCACGCCAUCAUGGGCGUGUACGACCUGAGGACCGCCAACAUGGUGGCGUCAUUCUGUGGCGCCCUGCACGUCAGCUUCAUCACGCCGUCGUUUCCCACCCUCGCCAACAACCAGUUUGUGCUGCAGUUGCGUCCGCAGCUUCAGGAGCCGCUCAUGGCGCUGUUGGACCACUUCCAGUGGACCCGCUUCGUCUACAUGUACAGCACCGACACAGGUCUGUCGGUUCUUAAGAAGAUUCUGGACCGUGCGGCCGAGCGAGACUGGCAGGUGACAUCCGUCAAUUUGGACUCGCUGACCGAGUCCAUGUUCAUCAAGCUGCUGGCCGACUUGGACUUCAACAGGGACUUCCAAGUGAUUCUGGACUGCGAGUCGGACCGCCUCAACGCCAUCCUGGGCCUGAUUUCAGCGCAGAGAAGAAACCUGAAGAACUAUCACUAUAUCCUCCUCAACCUGGGCUUCAUGGAGUUGAACAUGACAGGAAUCCAGAAGUUGUCUCCGAAUAUGACAGGCUUCCAGUUGGUCAACUGGUCCGAUUCAACCGUGUUGAAGGUCCAGCAGGACUGGAUGACCUUUGACACCAAGGAUGUCAAAGCGACUCGUCGCAGCCUGCGGUACACAGGAGCUCUGACCUACGACGGCGUCAGUGUCCUGGCGACGGCCUUCCAGAACCUCAGACGGCAACGCAUCGACAUCUCUCGCCGUGGCAACGCUGGAGAGUGUUUGGGCAACCCCCCUGCCCCCUGGGGGCAGGGCAUCGACAUUCAGCGAGCACUGCAGCAGGUGCAUCUGGAUGGGCUGACGGGCCGUAUUCAGUUUGAUGAGCGAGGACAUCGUAGCAACCUCACGCUGACAGUGAUGGAACUGGCCCGCACUGGACCCAGAAAGGUGGGCUUGUGGAGUGAGAAGCGAGGCUACGUUAACACAGCCAUGUACAAGCCUACAUUGGAGGACUUCUACGGGCUCCAUAACCGCACCUAUGUGGUCACUACCAUCCUGGAAGCGCCGUACAUGAUGCUGAAGAAGAACCACGAGCAGCUGGUGGGAAACGACAAGUACGAAGGUUACUGCGCCGAGCUGGCGGCCGAGAUCGCCAAGCACGUGGGCUUCAGCUACCGAUUGGAGCUGGUGGGUGACGGCAAGUAUGGCGCCAGAGACACCGACACCAAGAUGUGGAAUGGCAUGGUGGGAGAACUGGUCUACGGGAAGGCGGACGUGGCCGUCGCCCCUCUGACCAUCACACUGGUCCGUGAGCAGGUGAUCGACUUCACCAAGCCCUUCAUGUCUUUGGGCAUCUCCAUCAUGAUCAAGAAGCCCACCAAGUCCAAACCAGGCGUCUUCUCCUUCUUGGACCCCUUGGCGUACGAGAUCUGGAUGUGCAUCGUCUUCGCCUACAUCGGCGUCAGCGUGGUGCUCUUCCUGGUGAGUCGCUUCAGUCCUUACGAGUGGAAGAGGGAGGAUGAAGAUGACGAUGAAGCUCCGCCCUCCUCGGCUUCCGCUUCUCAACACGCUCCACCCACUUCUUCCUCUGCAGGGUGCCACCUUCCCCUGGUUCAGACCCUGGACCAGAACCAGAACCACAAUCAGCAGAAAGACAAGGAGAAUCCGGAACACUCCAAUGACUUUGGCAUCUUUAAUUCUUUGUGGUUUUCCUUAGGAGCCUUCAUGCAGCAAGGAUGUGACAUCUCACCCAGGUCUCUGUCGGGUCGCAUUGUGGGCGGAGUCUGGUGGUUCUUCACCCUUAUCAUCAUCUCAUCGUACACGGCCAAUCUGGCGGCCUUCCUCACCGUGGAGAGGAUGGUGUCGCCCAUCGAGAGUGCAGAGGACCUCGCCAAGCAGACUGAGAUCGCCUAUGGGACUUUGGACGGGGGCUCCACCAAAGAGUUUUUCAGGAGGUCAAAGAUCGGCGUGUUUGAGAAGAUGUGGUCGUACAUGCGUGGCGCCGACCCCUCCGUCUUUGUCAAGAGCACCAAUGAAGGUGUGAGCCGUGUUCGAAAGUCCAAAGGGAAGUACGCCUACCUGCUGGAGUCGUCCAUGAACGAGUACAUCGAGCAGCGUAAGCCCUGCGACACCAUUAAAGUGGGAGGGAACCUGGACUCCAAAGGCUACGGCGUGGCCACGCCCAAAGGAUCGCCGCUCAGAAUCCCAGUAAACCUGGCCGUUCUCAAGCUCAAUGAACAAGCCAUCUUAGACAAGUUGAAAAACAAGUGGUGGUAUGACAAAGGCGAGUGCGGACACAAGGACUCCGGCAGAAAGGACAAGACCAGCGCUCUCAGCCUGAGCAACGUGGCAGGCGUCUUCUACAUCCUGAUUGGAGGACUGGGAUUGGCCAUGAUGGUGGCGCUGCUGGAGUUCUGCUACAAGUCGCGCUUGGAGUCCAAAAGGAUGAAGGAGCUGAUUGACGCCGCCAUGUUGAGCAGCGGCCUGGGAGCAAUGGCGCUCGCAGGGGGCGGGGUCACAGCAGGCAGGUUUGGAGGAGGCGGGGCUUCAGGGCUGGUGGGCGAGAACGGCCGCGUGGUGGCGCAUGACUUGCCAAGGUCCGGCACUCAAGGUUUACCAUGCAUGAGUAAAGCUGCGAGUUUGGGAUUGUCCUCCAAUGUCAUGUGACCAGCACCAAGACACCUAAUUGGAUGCAGCUGCCUGACAAUCAUGCAGCAGGAUUACAGGAGGCAGCACAGGUGAACUGAGUGCACCUGAAGGCAACACACUUCUUCUCCUUCUUCCUUUCUUCUUCUUCCAUUCUUUUUCUCCUUCUUCCUCUGGUUUUUCCUCUUCCUGGUUCCUUCUUCCUUUCUUCUCUUUCCUUUCCUCUUCUUCUUCUUCCUUUCAUUCUCAUCCUGUUUUCUUUCUUUUUCUUCCUCCUCUCUUUCCUCCGUCUCCCCUUUUUCUUCUUCUUUGUCACAGCAUCACUGAAGGACUCAUAAACGCAACCUUUUGCCCCGACCAUUUGUCUUUGGGCCAAUCACAAUUAAGCUAAUUAGCAUACUGAUUUGAAUAUUUCACCAUAAGCUUGUUCUUGUUUGUGCUUCUCGGAAUGAAUUUCACAUGAACGUGCUUGUUUAGAAAUGCUAAUAAAAAUGUUUCAAGUAACGUCAUCACGUUUCCUUGUUGACACGCUGGCUAACGCGCUUGCUAACAUGCUAGCUAACGCGCUUGCUAACAUGCCAGCUGACACGCAUUCAAGAAUCAAAGUCCAGUUUUUCAGUAUGACAAAAGGUAUUUAAAAAUGACAUUACGUUAGUAUGCAGAGUAUGUGACCUUGAGUACGACCUUGAAGGAGUCAGCUGAUGAUGAAGACUGUCAGUCCUUCAUUGGCCACUGGAGGACGAUUGUCCACCACCA